UGGAAAAAUUUUAGAAACAGAUAAGCAGUGGAAAAACCAUGGCAGUGUCACUAGCCAUUCCAAUCUCCACCAAGGGUCGAGUCCUGAUUAUAGGAGCAACAGGUUUCAUGGGCAAGUUCGUGGCUGAGGCAAGCCUCGCCACAUCACACCCUACCUAUUUGCUCGUCAGGCCAGAAACUACCAUCCCUUCCAAGGUUACCAUUAUCAAAACCUUCCAAGAGAAAGGUGCCAUAGUCGUUCACGGUGUGAUAGAGAAUAAGGACUUCAUGCAGAAGAUUUUGAAAGAGUAUGAAAUAGACAUAGUCGUUUCUGCUGUCGGGGGUAAGAGCUUGAUGGAUCAGCUUCCAUUGGUGGAGGCCAUGAAAUCUGUUAAGACUAUUAAGAGGUUUUUGCCUUCAGAGUUUGGGCAUGAUGUGGACAGGGCAGAUCCUGUGGAACCAGGUUUAACAAUGUACAAAAUGAAGCGUUUGGUUAGGCGUGUGGUUGAGGAAUCUGGGGUCCCAUACACCAAUAUAUGUUGCAAUUCCAUUGCUUCUUGGCCCUACUAUGACAAUUGUCAUCCAACACAGCUUCCUCCACCCUUGGAUCACUUGCAGAUAUAUGGUAAUGGCACUGUCAAAGCUUACUUUGUUGAUGGCAUUGAUAUUGGAAAGUUCACAAUGAAGGUGGUUGAUGAUGUGAGAACACUCAACAAAAAUGUUCAUUUUCGACCCUCAAGCAACUGUUAUAGCAUGAAUGAGCUUGCUUCUUUAUGGGAAAAGAAAAUUGGUCGUUCAAUCCCCAGAGUGACCAUCUCAGAAGAAGAUCUUCUAGCAGUAGCUGCAGAAAAUUGUAUACCAGAAAGUAUUGUAGCAUCUUUUACCCAUGAUAUCUUCAUCAAAGGUUGUCAAGUUAACUUCAACAUAGAUGAACUUCGUGACGUUGAGAUUAGCACUCUCUAUCCUGAUGAAGCAUUUAGGAGCUUGGAGGAUUGCUUCGAGGACUUUGUUCCCGUGAUCAAUGAGAACAUUCAUAAAGGGGAAAAUUUAGUUACCAACACAAAGCCUGUAGUGGAAGCAGUGAAAAUGACAGCUUCCUGUCGUGAAGAGUCACCUCAAAAAUGUUCUAAAUUCGUUGUUAACAAUUACUAGAUUUUUGGUAAGGUAGAAAUUCAGCUGAGUUAUGAGAUAUGAACCUUCCUUCUUGAUGCUACUUCGAAUACUGUCUGUCACCUUAAGUAUAAACCAUGUUAUCUAAUGUAUUUUAUCGCAUUUUACCUUAAGUACGUUAU